AUGGCUUCACAAUUUAGCAGUUUAUCUUUAGGACAACUUUGCACAGAAUUAAGAAAGAGAAAUGCAAAGUUAUCUGGACGAAAAAAGGAAUUAAUCGAGAGACUUGAAGCAUAUGAUCGCAAUCAGAACUUCAACAACUGCGAGGAGCUUAUGCCAGAGUUUCGAAUGCAAAUUCCAGCCACCAGUUGCUACAAAGAUGUCAACACCGACAUGAAGAUGGCCCCGUUUGACCGUGAGAAGGCGAAUGCAUAUAUGGAACGGUUUGGAGUUGAGUUCGACCAAGUGGUGACUUCUUUGUAUGGUGACAAGUUCUUGUUGUACCUUAGAAUGUUUUCUUCAGAAAAGUUGUGCUAUGUAAAUAGUUCAUGUAGGGCAGAAAUGAAAAAGAAAAUUGAUUAUGUCAUUGACAUUACAUUCACCAAACAUGGCUUUGUGCAUGAGGCACAGUGUGAAUGUGGUUCUGGUGAAGGUCCGUUCGGACAUUGUAAACAUAUAAGGACUGUUCUGUAUGCGUGUGUGAAAUUUGUUCAAUCCAGAGAAGUUAAGGUGGAAUCAUCUUGUACCCAACAGCUGCAGUCUUUCCACAAAUCGAAGAAACACACAGGAUCCCCGGUAAAGGCUCGAGACCUCAAGAUAGGUGGAGCUGAGAUUUGUAAUAUUGCAGACUAUGACCCCAGGCCUAGUCAGUUUAGAAAUGCUGCCAAUAACAAAGACCAUUUCUACAACACAUAUGCUGUUAAAACUUGA